AUGGAUAACUUUGCGACUCCGCCAACAAACCCGCCUUACGGUGGAUCGAGCUUCCACCGCCGCGUGGGAAAGGCACCGGCGCCGUCGAAGCCGACUAACUCAUGGGGUUAUCCAGUUCCUGGCGUGCAGUCUCCGACAGCAGCUAUGGUUAUGACAAAAGACUAUUUCAUUGAUGACAGCAAGUGGAGUCAAAUUCUGAAUGACGGUGAAUACGACUAUAUCGUCGUGGGAUCUGGCUGCACUGCCCUAGCUUUCAUCCAACAAGCGCUAGAAGAAAAUCCUCACAAGCGCAUUCUUUGCCUUGAGAGAGGAGAUUUCUGGCUUCCUUCACAUUUCCAAAACCUCCCUCUCCCGUUCAAGACCGUACUUGGGGGGCCAUCUGAAACGUUCCCAUGGACACUGUCCAAGAAGACGUUCAAUGAUCCGCAACUACGAUACUGCCAUGGAUCUUGCCCCUUUUUCGGCGGGCGAUCAACAUUCUGGUCGGCUUGGUCUCCACAACCCAGGGUUGAGGAUAUGAGAGGCUUCCCAAGCACAAUGAUCGCUUCCACCAAGGAGCCCAUAUUCUGGCCGGAGGCAAAGAGGCUUCUUCACGUCACUGGCGCUAACCAAAUUGGCGAUCCAGUAUACACCGGCCUUCAAAAAGAAAUCGACCAACGACUCAAAGAUCGUUUACAACACAUCAAGACUGCCGAGUACAGUGAGCCUGCACAGUUGGCAGUUGGCCUAGGUACCCCUACCUCAACCCUCCGUUUCAACAAGUUCUCCACACCAGCUCCAUUGUUAAAGAUCUACGAGGAGCAAAAGUCCAAUAACGCAGCGACACUCGACAUUCUACUGAACUGUGUUGUCAAGAAGCUCGGCCCUGUUGAUGAGGAUGGGCAUACGCACUCAAUUGAAACAACUCGUGGCACUAUCACGUGGCAAGGUGAUAACACGAAAGUGAUUCUCUGCGCAGGGGCGUUUCCCACUGCCACUAUACUACUCAACAGCUUCCCAAAAUGCCACGAAACUGUUGGCAAGCGUGUCGCCGGCCAUUUCUUGACCCACAUUGUUGCACGUGCACCGCUGUCUGCAUUUUCUUGGGAUCCUGUGAACGAUCCCCGAAAGCUGGAAAUUGCUGCUCAUUAUCUCGCUGGAAAGGAUACGACCAGCCAGCAGCAGUAUCACGUCCAGAUCACAGCUAUUCAAAGCCCAUUUCCGAAGGAUGAUGCAGAAGAUGCGGCUCGCGAAUGUCCAGAUUAUGCGGCGGCCGCUACGUAUGAGCAACUAGAACACUCGACGGAGCAUGUAGUGUUUGUGUGUGCCACGCUUGGUGAAUUUUCUGAACACAACCCAGAAAAUUGGUUCAAGCACGAUCCCGAAAAUUCAGAUAUCACCACAAACAUGAAGCUACAGUACACGCUUACCAAGUCCGACCAGGCACUAUGGAACACUAUGGACCAAGCAACCUACGAAACCAUCGAGCAGAUGGCAACGCCGAACGGGUCUAACUCGCCCUCGGAUGGCCUUGAGUACUGGCAUAUUGACGAAAACAACAAGGGGUCGUGGAAGCCGGCUCAUCCGAAGCAAUCAGAGAUUCGCGUACCGGGCAUUGUCCAUGAAACGAGCACCGCAUUCAUGGGUCCAGCCUCGGAGGGUGGAUCGGUUGAUACCAAUUACAAUGUCCACAAUAUUUCAAAUGUUUUUGUCACAGGUGGUGCGCUUUUUCCGACCGCAGGCAGCUGGAACCCGACAAUGACAAUGUGCGGGUUUGCACAGGACUUGGCGCGGAAGCUGGAUGGCACAAAUCGCUGA